GCCAUGGUUCAGCUCCGGCACCCUUGCGUCCUCGCGAGAAAAAUUUCACAAACUUUCUCCUUUUUUCUCGAGUUAAAAGCCCUCAGAGCCAGCAGUCACGCAGCCAUGGAUCCCGUCGAGAGUGCAAAGAAGGCCGCCGCGUUUAAAGCCGUUGACACACACAUUAAGUUGGACGUGGCAAUUGAUGGUGCUGACGAAGCCGAUUCUGACUUGACGCUGAUUAAAGGGGGUGGAGGAUGCCAGCUGCAGGAGAAGAUUGUGGCAGCUGCGGCAAAACUCUUUGUGGUGAUCGCAGACUACAGGAAAGAUUCAUCAUUACUAGGAGAGCAGUGGAGCAAAGGGGUCCCCAUUGAAGUGGUCCCCAUGGCAUACCGACCCAUUCAGUUGAAGAUCGAGUCGAUGUUGGGGGGGAAGGCUCUCCUUCGGCAGGCAAAGUCCAAAGCUGGUCCAGUGGUGACGGAUAAUGGUAACUUCAUUCUGGAUUGGGUAUUUGAUGGGAAACACAACUGGAGUGAAGUUAAUCAACAGAUCAUGAUGAUACCAGGUGUUGUCGAAACUGGCUUAUUUGUGAACAUGGCCAAAAUUGCAUACUUUGGAAUGCAGGAUGGUUCUGUUAAGGAGCGCGCUGUUUAGAUGACUCAGGAUGUUGCUAAAACUGUGGAGAGAUGGUAUAGAAGUUGCAAACAUUCCACUUAACUUUAUUUAUAAUGAUGGGGCUUAUUUGACAAUUGCUGGAUCAGAUUGUGCUUUUUUUUCUUCCCCUUUCGUAAAUGCAAAAAAAGAAAACAAUGUGUCCACAGGGACACAUAGGAAAUAAAGGUAAUCCAUGACAGUAUAAAGGCCUUAUCACAUUUUCAGUCAAUUUUACAUUUUUUGUAUGAAUUUGAGGCUUUUUGAAAGAAUCAUUUGCAAACAACACCUCCCAGAUGGAGAUGGUAGCGACCAUAUCUGUCUUAAUCUUGUGCUGUGGAGGAUCUAUACAACCAGUAUGUAUUUUAUUGAUGAAUUAGAAUAAGUUAAUGUGAACAUCAGUUAAUAUUCUAAAAUAAUUCUGUAUGUUAUUAUACAUAAUUAUGGUUCUUUAAAAUAAAGUGUGUGAGAAUGCUAGUGUGAUUCCCAGACCCUUUUUCAGAUGGUGCCAUGUUUGUUUACAUGGAUGUAAUGUUUGCUGCCAUGGUAAUGUGAUAGGGUCAGUCUAUUUGCAUACAGAAAGUUCAUAAGGAAAUGCAAAAGUUGACAGAGAAAGUGCUAGUGUGAUAGGGCCCUAAGAAAUAUUCAAGCUCUUUUUUUUCCAUGCUAAUGUAAACAUUGUUAAUGCUGAAUAUGGAAGAGUGUAUAGAAAUCUCAUUGUUUUGUGUAAAGAGUUUCAAUAGAGAAAAAAACAGCUUUAUUAGAUGCAUAUUUUUUUGUAUAGAAAUUACUUAUUGUUAUAGCUGUAUCCAUACAAGUAUAAAACUGAUGUCUAUUUAUCAUGAUACAAAUUAGAAUCUGAACACCUCUUUUCUUUGUACAUGAGUAGUAGAUGGAAUGUUUUAUGUCAUAAAUCUUUGUAAAAAAAUAUAUAUGUGUAUAUGUUAUUUAUGACUAAUUCCUGCAAAGUAUGUUAUUUGGAAUAUGGAGCUGUAUCUUUGAAGUUUGUUUUUGUACCACAGAAUAAAUAUAAAGUUUUGA